AUGGCAUUCGUUUCCAAUGGAUCUGAGUACGACUUCGUCAUCGUUGGCGGUGGCACUGCUGGCAACGCCGUUGCUGGUCGUCUAGCUGAGAACCCUGAUGUCCGCAUCUUGGUUGUCGAGGCGGGAAUUCCCAACCCGGAUCAAAUUGAGCAGAUCACCACUCCCUCCAAGGCAUUCACCCUUCGCGGCAGUCAAUAUGACUGGUCUUACAAGACCACCAUGAUCAAGCGCGACGAGUAUGAGCGUGUCGAGAAGCCCAACACUCGUGGCAAGGCCCUUGGCGGAAGUUCUUGCGCCAACUACUUCACCUGGAUCCCUGGCUCCAAGCCCACUUUCGAUGACUGGGAGGCUUUCGGUGGCCGGGACUGGAACUGGGACAACUGUGUCGAGUAUCUGCGCAAGUGCGCCACCUACCACGAUGACGAGAAGCUUUACUCGACCGAUCUGAACAAGAUUGGCACCGGUGGCCCCGUGCAGAUCUCCCAUGCCGACCUGGUUCCAGAGAUGAAGCCGUUCCGUGAUGCCCUCACCGAAGCCUGGGUUUCCAAGGGCGAGCCUCUGACUGAGGACAUUUACUCUGGUGAGAUGAAGGGUCUCACUCACUGUGUGGACACUAUCUACCAGGGUGAGCGCCAAGGCAGUUUCCUCUACCUGAAGAACAAGCCCAAUGUCACGAUCCUCUACGGGGUCCGAUCCAAGCAAUUAAUCAUUGAUCCCGUUACUCGCGUCUGCUCCGGUGUCACCGUCAUCAGCGAUGACUACAACACCGAGCUCAGUGUCUACGCUAGCCGAGAAGUCAUUCUGUCCCAGGGUGUGUUCGAGACCCCCAAGCUUCUUAUGCUGAGCGGCGUCGGUCCGGCCGACGAGCUCGCCAAGCACGGCAUAAAGUCUAUUGUGGAGUCUCCUCACGUUGGUCAGCAUCUUUUGGAUCACCCCAUUGUCCCAUUCGUCCUCGAAGUCAAGGAAGGAUACAGUCUUGAUCACCACAUCCUCCGUUCCGGCCCCCUGAACGACCAGGCCGUUUCAACCUACAAGCGCGACAAGACCGGCCCUGCAAGCUCCGGAUUCCUCGAACUUGUUGGAUUCCCUCGCAUCGACCAGCGCUUGGAGAAGUACCCGGCUUACCGGGAGGCCAAGGCCGCUAAUGGCGGACUCGACCCAUUCGGACCCGCUGGUCAGCCCCACUUCGAGCUUGACUUUGUCGGUCUGUUCAGCAGUGCAUUCCAGUGGCACUACCCCAUGCCCGAGAAGGGUAGCUACAUGACUGUCAUUGUUGAUCUUCUCCGACCCCUUUCCGAAGGCCAGGUCACACUCAACAACGCCAACCCCAAGGUCCAACCGAACAUCAACUUGAACUUCUUUGGCAAUGAUCUCGAUAUCUUGGCUAUGCGCGAGGGUGUUCGCUGGACUUACGACCUCCUCACCAAGGGUGCUGGAUUCAAGGACAUUGUUCUCUCAGAGUACCCCUGGAAGAUGCCCCUCGAGUCCGAUGAGGACAUGAACCGAGCUGUUCUCGAUCGCAGCCAAACUGGAUUCCACCCUUGCGGUACUGCUCGUCUCUCCAAGAGCAUCCACCAUGGUGUCGUCGACUCUAAGCUCCGAGUGCACGGAGUUAAGAAUCUCAGAAUUGCAGAUGCUUCCGUCAUUCCAGUCAUCCCUGACUGUCGCAUUCAGAACUCGGUCUACAUGAUCGGCGAAAAGGGAGCGGAUAUCAUCAAGGCUGCCCACAAGGAUCUGUAUGAGGCCAAGAACAUUCCCCUUCUUGUCGCCAGCAAGCUGUGA